GCUUUCAAUGACAGCGUGAGCCCCAGCAGCGGGUCUGGAGCCGUGCACAAGCAGGAGCGUUUCCACCUUCCCUCAGUAAACCAUGGCAUAUCAGCUGUACAGAAAUACCACCCUGGGGAACAGCCUUCAGGAGAGCCUGGAUGAGCUCAUACAGUCACAGCAAAUCACCCCUCAGCUUGCCCUGCAAGUGCUACUUCAGUUUGACAAGGCUAUAAAUUCAGCAUUGGCGCAGCGGGUCAGGAACAGAGUCAAUUUCAGGGGCUCCCUGAAUACAUACAGGUUCUGUGACAAUGUAUGGACAUUUGUACUGAACGAUGUUGAAUUUAGGGAGGUUACUGAACUCGUGAAAGUGGAUAAAGUGAAAAUUGUAGCAUGUGAUGGAAAAAAUACUGGUUCCAAUACUGCAGAAUGAAUAGAAAUGUGGUUUGUGUGCAACAUUUUCUGUUAAUAUGCAGCACUUUCAGGAGAGAAGCGUGGAAAAGGACUGUUCAUAAUUUAUUGUAGUGAUGCAGAUAUAAACCAAUCCAUCACAGAAUGGCAGCAGGAAGAGAUCUUUGUAGCAUUUCUUCAGUUCACCUUAUAGGGCAUGAAGAAAACAGUUACUUUUUUAAAUGACAAAACAAAUAUUGUUGUCCUUUUUUGUUCAAAGUAAUUUCUCUAAUAAAACUUUUUAUUUAAAAAAUU